AUGUAUGACCCCGCAUGGUCGUUCGGAGAGGACCUCAGGGAGAGCUUGGUUCCGGGGACAGCGGCUCAAAUGAGUCCAGUCCGUAGUUCCCCUCCUGCAGAGCGCCCGAGCCCUGCUCAGGGUGCCUGUGGGUCGGGUCCGCAGGGUUCCAUGGUUCCUUUGCUUUCUCCUUGUGGGGAAACCCUGGUGCGGCGCCUGGCUGGCACCGCUACCUGCCUUCGCUGCGCCAAGCAGCUUCGAGAAGGGGGGAUCCUUUGCACCCGCCCCUCCGCCCAUUCACGCUGUUUCCGUUGCGUGAAAAACAACGACACCUGCCUUCCUGUGCCAAAGCAGUACAGGGCCAAAGUUGUGGAUCUCCAGGCGUUGGCGGAUUCCGUCCGUUCUGGGGAGGUUCCCAAGGCCCGUCUGGAGAAGGAGGCGAAAGCGUGGGUCUCCGAGGUGGAAAAACACUUCAGAAUGGCCGGCCCUAAGAAGAAGGGGUCGGCCGGCGCCGCCGUUGGAAGCGCCACGGAGACAAAUCGUUUGUUGGAGAGGAUCUCGCUCCAAUUGGAGCAGGUGACUGAGGUGCUUUGCAAAUUGGCAAAGGUGCCGGUGCCAGGGACUCCGUCGGUGGAGGAGGAGUUCGGUGGGGGUGAGGUGGUGGAAGAAUGA